AUGGCCAACAAACUCAACUCGGUUGAGGCCCGAUUGUUGUCGAAGCUGGAAACGAUUGAAACCCAAUUUGAGGAGUUUAGAAAGAAGGUCAUGCUCGACCUUCUGGAGAAUAACAAAUGGCGGAAGGAGAAUGAGGAGACGAAGUUUCGGCUUCAACAACUGCAGUGCGUCAUGGCGGCAGUCGCUAGAUUCCUUUUCUGCCACCAACAAUCUCCGCGCAUUUGGACCGACAUGGCCCGUCUUUCUUUCUUCUUCCCCCAGCUACCUCCGGUACCUUCGAGAAGCUGUUACCGGCUCCAUCAACCUGCCGCCAUAUGA